AUAUAAACUCGGUAGCCGGCAAAACAUUCAAGUUAUCCCCAGUCUCACUUGGUGAAAACAGGUUUAAUAAAUAAUAAACAACAAUGUCUUUGCUACCUUUCGUGCUUGGAAACACUCCUCAUCGUCUGGCUGACCAAGAGUUUGGUUUAGGCCUCACUCCUGAUGACCUGCUAACGGCUGUGGUGGCUCCAAUGAUGGCUAGAGAAUACUACAGGCCCUGGAGACACAUGUCUGCUGGAAGAGACAUUGGAUCCACCAUCGUGUCCAAUAAAGACAAGUUCCAAAUCAACCUGGAUGUGCAGCAUUUUGCUCCUGAAGAGAUCAGCGUGAAGACAGCUGAUGGCUACGUGAUUAUUGAGGGUAAACAUGAAGAGAAGAAGGAUGAACAUGGCUACAUCUCCCGUCAAUUUACUCGUCGCUAUAACUUGCCUGAGAAUUGUGACCCUGCUACUGUUGAAUCCAAGCUUUCUUCUGAUGGUGUGCUGACAGUCAUCGCUCCUAAAGUGCCUCCUACUUCGAAGAAUGAAAGGUCUGUUCCUAUUGCUCAGACUGGACCUGUUAGGAAGGAGAUCAAGGAUGCUACGACGCAGCCAGCAGCCCAGGCUGAUGCCAAUGGAACAGCUAAGUGAUUGUCAAAUGACAAUACGCAACAACCCUAUUGUUCCGACUGAUUGUCCGGUCUCCGCUUCGCAAACCUAUUUCGAUUGGUUAUAAAUGUGAUAUUUAAACAUCUUAAAGUCGACAUUUUGAUUAUAAAAAUGUAUGUAUAUGUGUAGUGUUUCUAUACAGAGUUUUUAAUUAGUGUUAGUGUUUUGAUAAAAUAAAUCUUCCUAUGCUGUA